AACCAUCAUGAUGACGAGAUUGCCCGGCCCCACUCAGAGCUAACCUCCACCAACUUUCUUGUUUGUUCCAUUCCGUCAUCUACUACGCGGACCCGCCCCCUCUGCCGCGUUCCACCCUACCCCGGUCCCCGGCUGGCUGGCUGGCCCGCCCGCAUUCAUCUCAUUGUACUACUACCUUCUCUCCCGUGACACGCCAUCUCCGCAAAACCGCCGCUCGUCACCUCUCAACGCCACCAUGCUCCGGCCGGCAGCCGGAGGGCUGACCCUUUCCGGUUCCUCCACCGCGCGACCUCUUCCUCCUCUCGCCCGUUCUUAGCCCAACCACCAUCACCGUCAUCAUUCAUAAACAAAAAGGCAGGCAGGCAGUCAGUCCCUCGGCAGGCACGAGCGCAGACGGUGCGAGGCGUCCGCGUCGCGUCCUUCCACCUGUCUCCUUCGCCUUGCGUGCUCCUGGCUUCAAGAAACCGCCGCACGCCAUCCAGCCUGCGGUGCGGUGGUCGCGCAGCCCGCCUGGCUGCCACCGCUUUCCCUCUCCUUUCGCUUCUCCGCUACCGCUACCGCUACCACCAGCGGCGCGGGCCUCCGGGUCGUCCGGCCGGAUUCGUUCCCCGGGCCGUGCAACCACGCACGCGCUUGGGUUCCGCUCGUCGCCGAAAGCUUCUGCUCUGCUCAGUUUCCAGCUGGGAGGAGGCGCCGCCUGCGGACCGCUGCGCACCACGGAGGGAGAUCGACAUCUUGUUGGUGGUGGACAAGCUCUCCUCUCAGCCUCAGUGUGUCCUUCGCGAGGCUCUGGAAUCUCGCCUGACGAACAAGGUUGCUCCUGCCCCUCCAUGAUCCACCUCAACUCCUCAAGCCCCAGCAGAAUUUCAGCUUCUGGUGGCUGCCUUUGCCCCUCUGUUUCCUGCCUGUCGUCCUCUCGCAAUCCUGAAUUGUGUCUCAUUGCAAAAGCCCUCUACUUGCGUCGCUGAAAUAAACUAGUUUGUCCUUGCAAUCCUGGGUGGGUGUCUCAUUGCUUCAGCGCUCUGCCUGCGCCUCUGAAGGCUGAAGCAAAGUAUUUCUGCUUCCUCUUACAUAGCCCUUCCAGCCUGUCUGCAUCACCGUGCCAUUCGUAACCCCUUCAUCCUUCUAGCUCAACUUGGACUCGCCAUGGAUAGCACAGUUGUUGGUCUCAAACUGGUUGUGCUAGCCCUUUCUGUGGCCAUCUGGUUGUUUGGCACCUGCUGCCAUGCCGAUUUCACCCCUGCAGACGACUACCUCAUCAACUGCGGCUCCACGGUCGACGCGACUGUCGACCACAGGGUUUUCGUGUCUGACACUUCUGGGGCAGCCAUCCUGACGACCCCGACCCAGAGCACCGCCGCGACCACCUCGCCGAAUUUGGUCUCAGGGUUUGAAGGUGCUAUGCUGUAUCAGACUGCUAGGAUAUUCGUUGUGCCAUCGUCCUAUGCCUUCAUGCUCAAGAGCCAUGGCCGACAUUUUGUCCGCCUUCACUUCUUCCCCUUCAAAUACCAGAGCUAUGACCUCACCACGGCGACCUUCAAGGUGUCCACGCAGGAUGUCGUGCUCCUCGACAAUUUCACAGCGCCCAGUAGUUCUUCGCCGGUGUUCAAGGAGUAUUCCCUGAACAUUACCAGGGACAUGCUCAUCCUCACAUUUGUGCCUCUUGGGAACAACACACCGGCCUUCGUCAAUGCUAUCGAGGUCAUCUCUGUCCCUGAUCUCAUAACCGACUCGGUACUAAGUCUGGACCCUGUCGGUCAGUAUCUUGGGCUGUCAACACAGCCGCUGCAGACAUUCUACAGGAUCAACGUGGGGGGACCCAAGGUGACUCCUGAGAACGACACGCUCUGGCGGACAUGGGUUACUGAUCAAAGCUCCUUCGUAAAUUCCACUCCCACUACACUUGCCAAUUUCCCAGGAAAGCUGAAUUUUCAGAACGGAUUGGCAACAGAGGAGGAUGCACCGGACAGUGUGUACAAUACUGCAAGGCGGUUGCAAAACAGUACUCGCUCCGUGUCCAAUAUGACGUGGCAAUUUGAUGUUGAUGCCCGUUCAAGCUAUCUCAUUCGGUUCCAUUUAUGUGACAUUGUGAGCAAGGCUCCUUAUCAGCUCCUGUUUGAUGUAUAUGUGGAUAGCUGGUCGGUGGUGAAAGAUCUAGAUCUCUCCGAUAAAGCAUUUGGCAACUUGGCAACACCAUAUUACAUUGAUGCUGUCUUGCUAUCAAGUGAUCCAUCUGGUAAGCUCAGUGUCAGCAUUGGGCCUUCUGCUGUAAAGAUAGCAGCGCCGGAUGGUAUCCUGAAUGGCUUGGAGAUCAUGAAGAUGAACAUCAGUACAGGGUCUGUUUCCAUUGUGGCACCACCUUCAGUGGCAAGAAGCCAUCUCGGUGUCAUAUUGGGUUCUGUUCUCGGAGUUGUGGCUGCUGUCGUCAUUGCUAUUGUUAUCUGUAUCUUCUUCAGGAGAAAAAACAAGCUACAUCCACCAGCACCAAGUCGGCCCUCAAGUUCUUGGACACCCCUCAAUGGUCUUAGCUUCCUUACCACAGGCAGCCGAACCACCAGUCGGACCACUCUUACGUCUGGAACUACCGGUGACACGAGCUACCGAAUUCCUUUUGUUGUGCUGCAAGAUGCGACAAAUCACUUUGAUGAGCAGAUGGUCAUUGGAGUUGGAGGCUUUGGGAAGGUCUACAAAGCAGUGAUGCAGGAUGGAAGCAAACUUGCAGUAAAGCGGGGCAACCAGAAGUCCCACCAAGGGCUGAGGGAGUUCCGUACAGAGAUUGAAUUGCUGUCAGGGCUGCGACACCGUCAUCUCGUGUCGCUCAUUGGUUACUGUGAUGAACACAACGAGAUGAUCUUGGUGUAUGAAUACAUGGAGAAAGGAACUCUGAAGAGCCAUCUUUAUGGCGGUGAUAUGCCGCCUCUCAGCUGGAAGAAAAGACUGGAAAUCUGCGUAGGAGCAGCAAGAGGGCUCCACUACCUUCACACCGGUUUUGCCCAGUCAAUCAUACACCGUGACGUCAAGUCAGCAAACAUACUACUCGAUGAAAAUCUCUUGGCCAAGGUUUCUGAUUUUGGCCUCUCAAAGGUUGGGCCUGAAUUCGACCAGACGCAUGUGAGCACAGCAGUGAAAGGGAGCUUCGGGUACCUUGAUCCUGAGUACUUCCGGAGACAGAAGCUGACUGACAAAUCAGAUGUGUACUCUUUUGGUGUGGUGCUGCUUGAGGUGAUUUGUGCGAGGCCGGUUAUCGACCCGACUCUUCCAAGGGACAUGAUCAACCUCGCGGAGUGGGCUAUCAAGUGGCAAAAGAGAGGAGAGCUUGAUCAGAUUGUCGACCAGCGCAUUGCUGGGACAGUCAGGCCUGAAGCACUGAGGAAGUUUGGAGAGACGGUGGAGAAAUGCCUUGCAGAGUAUGGUGUCGAGCGUCCUACUAUGGGGGAUGUGCUGUGGAACCUGGAGUUUGUGCUGCAGCUGCAGGAGGCAGGUCCAGACAUGUCCAACAUCAACAGUAUGAAUCAGAUCUCUGAACUCCCUUCAAAUCCAAAGAGAGUUAGCUCCCUGGAUAUCAGCAGUACAGAUCAAAGCCGCGUGCCCAUCGACUACUCCGACAUGUCAACGAGUAACGCCUUCUCGCAGCUAAUCAAUGCAGAAGGAAGGUGAACUGGAUAGAAUUGUUCCAGUCACUGAAAAAAAUGUUUGUUACAAAAACUAGAGAUGCCUCUUGUGUGACUACCCAGCCUAUCCCUUCUCACAUAUACAACACCAAGUUGUGAAUCUUAUUGAAAUUUUGUUUGCCACUUGUAACUACUUAUGUUCUAGAAAAGGGUGAGUAGCUUUAUUGCAAUCGUCUUUUGCUCAAA